AUGCCCGAUGUUCCUCCCGGGUGCAUAUGCCAAGAGAUGGCAGGCAACCCAGCCAUGAUGGAUUGCCCUUUCUACAUUGUGUUUGUGCUAGAUGGUUUUGCAGGAUCUCCAGAUGCAGCCAUGCACCUUAUAAUUAACGACCUCGACAAGCUGAACACGGCCACGGAUUGGGAGACUGCCACGGAUAUGCUCGAUUUCAUUGAGAGUCUUCGAUGGAUUUGUUUGCUCCGCUUCUUGCUACUUGGCAUCGCAAUCUUCGGGAUCGUGCUGGCCGUCAAGAAACGCAAAAUGAUGCUGAAAGGGGACUACAGAUCUUCAGCCGUCCAUGCGGUCUACGGUGGGGCUCCGCCUGUCGUUGUUGGGGCACCAGUGGCGGUUCCGGCUGUUGUGCAAGCUACGGUGGUAGAGGCGUCGAAUGAGCCCAAUCAGAGAGUGUAG